AUGGACAGGGUAUUGCGUGUUCUUCUUUACGGCUCCACAGUAAUUCAGUUUGCAGAUGCAGCAGCUCGAUUCACCAGAGUUCCUGCUGACAAACUGUAUGUAAUGAAAGGCCAAACUGCUAAGUUAACGUGGGACUACCAUGUUGACAAUAUCAACACAGAGUUUGAUUCUCAAUCACCAAGAUGGUAUUUCCAUAACGACAGCUUCAUGAUUGGGUAUGGUGACGCAUAUGAUAGUUGGAAAUUCAGCAUUGCUACAACUACUUGUCCAUCUCGAUUACUAACACCAACAAUACGAGUGAGUAUUGAGGAUAAAGCUACUUUGCAUAUCAUAAAUGUAACUCUGGAUGAUUCUGGUACAUAUGGAUGCAUAUUGUUGUCAGUCACUGGUUCUCUCAGUUCGAUGCCAACAAGCCAAACUCAACUGAUUGUUACAGAAACUCCAAAGUUAACUUCAAAACCCAAACCAUACGCCUUUGUCAUUGAAAACUCAGACUUGGGCUUAACUUGCAUAGCAGUUGGCACUCCCAGACCAAAUGUUACUUGGGUAGACGUUAGAAGAGGGAUUACUCUUAGUAAAGGUGUAGGGACUGCAGAACUACUGUUACCGAAUAUCAGCAGGACUCAUAGUGGGGCGUACGAGUGUCAUGCAAUCAACAACCCCAAUGAGAGACCUGUUGUUGCUAAAAGUUUCGUUGCAGUCUAUUACAAACCUACAGUUGAAAAGGCAUCUUCUACGGUUAAUAUCAGCUCAUGGGCUGGCAACACAAUAUCCCUGAGGUGCAAAUGGUCUAGUUCAAAUCCCAUUCCAAACUGGACAUGGUAUAAGCCAAAUGGUGACCGCAUCACCAAUGUCAGUAAUAUUGGUAGGGGUAGUGAGGUCACAGUGGUGACUGGCGAUGAAGCCGAUGACUACGGCAUGUACACUUGUAAAGCAGCAAAUAUUGCUGGGAUUGAUUGGCAUAAGAUAUCAGUUACUCGUCUUUUUCCACCUAGUACGCCAAGAGUCUUUGAAGCUGCAAGUGUUCGAUCAUCAUCAGUCAUCGGACGAACCCCCCACAAACUCUUUUUUUGUUGUUAUAUAUUUUUUUUUUGUUAUGAACUGUUUUUGAGAUUGUAAUUUGUUAUGAAUUGCUCAUACUAGCAGCCAGUCUUUACACACUAUACUACUGUACUUAAUUAACUAAUUUAGCUCGAGAAAUAAUAGAUCUAGAUCUCAAUUAGAAAAAUGGAUCCAAGGGACGGUAGAUUUUUUGGUCCCAGGACCUAUAUUGUUAAAACAGGAUAUCGUAGCAGAAAUAUCCACAUGAUUAAGGCACAUGAUGACAUGCCAAGCUAUUGAGACAAAGCUAUUGAUAUAGUUAGAGAGACUGUAAACACACCAACCGUUUUGGUGGAAAAGUAGUGUAGUAUAUUCAUACGUCCUGGUAUUACCCAUCAUGCUUGAGAAGAAAUAAAGCAGUCAAAGAACCAA